AUGGCUUCUCUCGGACUUCAUCACGAAACGGCAACUAAUGAUGAAAUAGCAGCCUACUGCUCAAAUCCACACCAUGUACCCCUUGGUGGAGCCCCUUACGGCAAUAACGUCAUUAAACUAUCCGACAAAGCGGUAGUUAAGUUUGGCAUCGGCGUUACGGAAGAGGAGGCAAAAAGUCAAAGGCGAGCUUACGAAUUGAUUGACCAUAGUGUCGUUCGUGUUCCAUCUGUCUACCGCUUUUUCACCAAGGAAGAACUAGGCUAUAUUGUUAUGGAAUAUAUGGAGGGAAGAGUCUUAGAGCCCGUGGAAGAUCCUCCUCUAAUAUGA